GGUUGCUCAAAACAUUGGUUAACUUUAACCACUGGUUAAAUCCCUUAUCCAGUGGUUAAAUUUUGACCAGUGGUUAAACUACGUUGCUCAAAACUUAACCACUGGCUAAAUUGCUUAACCAGUGGUUAACUUUUGGCUAAAGUUAACCAUUCUACAAAGCUGGGUUAAGUCUUUUAACCAGUGGUUAAACAUGGCUGCUAGGUUGUUGUUUGACCUAAACUUUGGCAGACGACACAAGAAACAGCGAGUUUACAGACAUUUCAGUCAUAAUUUUGACGAGGCGGAAUACAAAGAAAGGUACCGGUUUUCUAUGGAAUCGGUAAGAUUCAUAACAGAUCUUAUAGAACCAGAGUUAUGCCGCCCCACCAUGAGGAGUCAUUCCCUGUCCGCUAUAAACCAAGUAGAAAUCGCUUUAAGGUACUUUGCCACAGGUGAUAAUAUGAAAACUGUGGGUGAUACCCUUGGUUUUCACAAGUCAAGUGUAUCAAGAAGUGUGCGCGAUGUUUCGCAGGCCUUAACUGAUGUUUCUCCCAAGUUCAUCAAGUGGCCCUCUACCACCAGGGAAAAGAUGGCAAUCAAGAAGAGGUUCUAUGGUAUUUCUGGAUUUCCGGCUGUAAUCGGCGCGGUUGAUGGCACUCAUGUCAGAAUUAUUGCCCCUUCUGAGCAUGAAUCAGUUUAUGUAAACCGCAAAGGAUUCCAUUCAAUCAACACCCAGGCCAUCUGUGAUCAUGAAGGCCGUUUCACCAACAUAGUUGCCAAGUGGCCAGGGUCAAACCAUGAUUCUUUCAUUUUCCGAGGAUCCAAUGUUGGAAUCGACCUUGAGGUACAUCACCGAGGGAUUGAUGUUGAUGGGGUUUUACUGGGCGACAGUGGCUACGCCUGUGGACGAUACCUCGUCACCCCCUUCUUACGACCAGUAAAUCAAGCUCAACAAAACUACAAUGCAGCCCAUACAAGAACAAGGGCAGUAAUUGAACGCUGUUUUGGAUGGUGGAAAAGACGCUUCAUGGUUUUACAUGGAGAAAUCAAGUGUAAACCUGAGAGAGUAUCCAAAAUCAUAGUGGCUUGUGCUGUAUUGCAUAAUAUAGCUUUGGACAGAAAAGAAACAAUGGCUGAAGAUGAUAAUGGCAUUGCUUGUGAUGAAGAAGACUUGGGAGGAGUCGCUGUUCAGCCUAGAAAUGAUAACAUUCGCCAGUUCAUCGUUGAUAACUACUUUUAA